AUAUCAGUCCAAUUCACGUGACAAAACUUCUGGUCCCUUUCCAACGUCAACAUCGUGAAACGACUUGCAACGACGAAAACAGGGCAUUGAUCUAAGACAUAAUUAUCUACAACUAGAGUGGCCAAUCCGGCCGCAAAAGACCAAAAUUCUUCCCAAAAAAUUUUCAGACUCUAACGUAUGUGUAAAGUCUGACUCAUCAGGAGCCUGGUAUCCUGGAACCCAGGGCGAGGAAUCAAAUGGGAAAAAUCUGGAUGACGUGCGCAGGCAUGGAUAUUUGCAAUAAGACCAUAGCCGUUUUAAUAUUGAAUCAAGCCUGCGUUAAUGUCAUCAAGCGACUUUCCGCCAUGUUCUCUUGGGUUGGCCUUCUUUUAGCUGCUACCAAGUUUGCUAUAAACUCUGAAGACGGGAUUUGGCUGAGCAGUUCCGAACUCGCACGACCAGCCACGUUUCCGCACUUCCAUACUACAUUACCGUCUGGUUUUCACCUCCGGCCUCCCGUUUAACUUGCCUCGAGCGAAGGAAACCGAAGGGUGGAUGGAAUACUGUGUUUUUCCGGGUGCCAUUCCCUUCAUUUUCCCCCUUGCCUUCUAACAAGGGACAAGAACAUAAUCACCAAGUUAAACGAUUUUAGCAGGACAUAAACUGCCCACAAGGCGUAACUUAUCGACCUCGUCGUUAUCACGGCACCAAUUCCCGACGAGGCGCCGCGCCUGGAGACGGCUUUCUCACUUUUGAAUCCCUGUUAGGGUGACGAAAAGUGAGGUUAGGACAUGCUUUCGCUAGGCGUUGUGGCGACAAGGCUGCUUCGCAGGCCUAGACCACGGUAGAGAUCCGGGCACUAUAAACCCGAUUGCAGGGAGGUUGAAACAGCGCCUCCUAGUGUUAAUGUGGUAGGGCAAAAAGCCCAUUGGUUGAUGAUAUCCUUUAAUGUAGUUCCUUCGGUGAAACGCCAUAUGAAGCUUAUUUUUUCAAAUGGCCUCAUCAGACGGUCUUAUGUGACGGGGGAGAUUGACCCACUGGCCAACUUCCCCCUAGCGGGGUCCCUUCGCAAAGUAUCAGACAAAGCGUAUUUUCUCUUCUGUCCCCGCCAGAAGAGGUUAAUGUGACAGGAAAUGGAGAACUAUUGGCCAGUACCCCUUGAUGAAGGCCUUCGCAAGCAUCAGACGAAAUUUAGUUUUCUCGACGGACCCCGAUACCCGGGGUUCCCAUCGUUACGCCCGCAUAGCGGAGGGCGACCCGCUUCCGGCAGUUUAUCCCUCAUCGCUGACCGUUCCAUGAUAUUCGGGCAAAUAAGUAUUAGUUCAAAGCUUUGCUGUGUCUGGACUUUCCCCUGACCCGAGAAGCUGGUAGGUACGAGCUAAAACCUAUACUUAUCCUAGAUAUUCAAUCAGGAAGCGGGCCCGAAACGGAAGUUCAGGGGAAAGCGACCUAUCGGUAAAAACCAGGAACAGAGUAAUGGGCUUCUAGAAUUCAAGAUGGUCGUGAGAAAAUUGCAUCCGGGAGAUUUUUGGAGACGAUUUGUGGGAAGGAGCCUGUAUUCCUUUACUGUGUCCUUCGUUCUGACUUUUUCUCCGCUUCUCUCUUUUUCCACUUUUUUUUUUGUCAGUGGAUAUUUCAGCUGACUAUCGGGGAUUCAGAAAAGACAUAAAUAGGGACCUUCAUCCCCCUGGAAUGUUGAAUCCUUUUCAUAUCACCGUUCUCUGUACCAAUUCAUCCAUUACAUUCUUUUCUCUCAUUCUUUGAGACUUGGAAGCUGGUUCUUCAUUCUCUUUUUUCUGCACAUACAAUCCUUUCUUUCUUAGGCACAUACUUUUCUCGCAUUUACUUUAUACCUUCCUUCUUGCAAAUAUGCAUUCCCUUAGCCUUCUCACUCUUGUUGUCGCAGCUGGAUCUGCAUUUGCUCAUAUUGAAAUGAGCUAUCCGGCCCCUUUCCGCAGUCGCCAUGGCUCCAGCGGGAAUGUUGAUUACAGCAUGACCUCCCCCCUUCUUGCAGAUGGCUCUGACUUCCCCUGCAAGGGAUAUCAUCAUGAUAGUGCCAGCAAGCCUUCUGCCAUAUACAAGACUGGCGGGUCUGGAGAUAUCAAGCUCGAGGGUACCGCCACUCACGGUGGCGGAUCCUGCCAGAUCUCCCUCAGCUACGACCAGGGCAAUACCUUCAGGGUCAUUGAGUCGAUCGUUGGUGGCUGCCCGCUGAACAAGCAAUAUGGCUUCAAGAUCCCCUCCAACGCACCAAGUGGAGAAGCUCUCCUCGCAUGGACAUGGUUCAACAAAAUCGGUAACAGAGAAAUGUACAUGAACUGUGCCCCGGUUCUCAUCGAAGGCGGCAGCGGCGAUAGAGCCGCCUUUGAUAAACUGCCAGAGAUCUACAUUGCAAACGUCGGCAACGGCAAGACCACUGUCGAGGGCGACGAAGUUAAAUUCCCAAACCCCGGUGAAGGUUCGAGUGGGGGUGAUGCGCCUCCCAGCGCCCCUUCACCUUCGAGUGAAACUCCCUCUGCCAGUUCAUCUGCUUCAUCUACCCCAGCUGUGCCUGCUCUGGCCCAGCAAGUCGACCCCGAUGCCGCCUCUACACUUUCGCCCUCUCCUUCGCCCUCUCCUUCGCCCUCGCCUUCCGCUCUCGCUUCAGGCUCAGGGAUCAAGCUCUCAGGUGUUGCCUCGGGUAUCGGAGCUACAGGCAGCCUGCCUCUCAGCUGCAGCUGCGACUGUUCUACCUCUUAAAUAUAGAAGGGGAUUAGAUGGCUCUAGUGUACGGGAGAGAGGAUAUCAAGGAGGCUUGCUGUUCUUUUCUUUUCUCUUUUUCUCAGAAUUUAUGGAUGGAUUGAAUAGCAUAGGACACAGAUAGAUUGCAUAUUUGAGUCACUCGUUAAGAAUAGAAUAAAUUAGAACAUAGAUACUUUUUCUAUGCCCAUUUUCUUUCUUUUACCAUUCUAGUUAUAUCCAGUUAUGAUUCCGGUUCUUUGCCCCCAGCCCGACCCCUACCGGGCGUCCAGGCCCCCCAACUCCCCCUCCUCCGCCCCACUUCUCUUCUGAGUAUUCUUGGCAUGAAGAAGACGUGUACUUAGGAGUCAGGACUCGGCUCCCAUAGGGCGGAAUAAAGUUUUAGUGAUAGGAAACCUUGGAGUAUGUGGGGGUUGCUAACACGAUUGAAUGCAAACAUUGCUAAGCGCUAAUGACAUUUGAAAGAUUCAACAUGAAGUUUAAAAAAGAUGAAACAAGACGCUAAUUUUUCAGUUCUAUUUCCUAAGUAAUCACAUGUUUUUAUCCUGGUUCCAGCCUUGUAAUACUGAGCAGGCGGGCUACAUUUUCCUUCUCCGCCUUCCAACUCCCCGCUGCUUCAACUGAACUCUUUUGGAAUGUGAAGAAACAGGACAGGGACAGGGACGGGUUAAAGAGAUGUGAAUAGAGUAAUAACACAAAUAUACUUCCAAAUCGCAAAUGUUCAAGUAACAUAAAACCACACAAGUAUGUUUCGC